AUGAAGAAAAAAAUGGCAAGAAAAAAAGUGAGACGAAGAACUGUAGAAUUUGCUGUUACAGCUGGUAAUGCUGAUCGUUUUAGCGGGACGAUACAAAGAACUUUAACAUAUACUCCAAACACCAAGAUUCUGUGCAAGGAUUGGAAUGGCCUUUACUAUGAUGCAAAAGUUUUACGUGUUGAGGAACUUCCGGAUGCUUCUUUAGUCUAUGGCUGGAGCUCAAGGUUUGAUACGCGAAUUCGGGAAGUUGAUCUUAAAGAACGAGUACUUCCGUUUACAGAGAAAAAUGCAAAAAUAGCUGAGGAGUGGAAACAACGAGUCAGCUACGGAAGUCGUUUUAGAAGGAAAAGUAAUCGUCGAGACACCUCUAAAAGGAGCCGUAUAAGACCAGCUGAAAGUUGUGGGCAAACGGAAGGAGAAAAUCGUCAAAAACCAGUCAGUGUAGAUGACAUUGAACUUGAACUAACAGACGAGCUUGAGCGCUUGUUGAUAUAUGAUCAAGAAAAAAUUUUGGGGGAGAAGUCCUUGCACCGCAUACCAGCGCAGUUCACCGUGGAAGAUAUUCUCAAUCAAUACUUGGAUCACCUGGUAAAGUAUGCCAACAGGCAAGAAACUGAUUCCAGUUUUGACAACGACAUAAAAUUGGCAAAAGAAUGUGUAGAUGGAAUAAAGGAGUACUUCAACAAUUAUUUGUGGUCGCAACUUUUGUACAACUCAGAGCGUAUACAGUUUAUCGACUUUCUUCGACAACGAGCAAAGGUUUUCGGGUUCCCUCAAGUAAAUAUAAGUCUUAGGAAUUGCAACUUGAAAGAUCUUCACGAACUUGGAGUACUGUUGAACUGUGAGCCAGCAAACGUUUACGGUUAUGUACACCUUCUGCGACUAUUUUGUAAAUUUGCCACGUUUCUCAAAUUCGCAGACUGGGGGGCAACUAGCCAAAGUACAAUCCGAACUGCCAUUGAACAGCUGGAAAAAUGUGCUCGUUACCUGGAUUACAGUUCAGAAAAAUACUUUGAUUGUGAAGCCGACUACGUGUCUUCAUCAGGUGAUUCUUGA